AUGAUUCCAGGCCAGCUUUUUAACCACACCUCACAUGGAGAUGGGAGGCAAGAAGUUACCUCCCGUACUGGGCGCUCUGGAGCAAGGUGUAGAAACUCAAUAGCUUCCUGUGCAGAUGAGCAACCUCACAUCGGAAACUACAGACUGUUGAAAACAAUCGGCAAGGGGAAUUUUGCAAAAGUGAAAUUGGCAAGACACAUCCUUACAGGCAGAGAGGUUGCAAUAAAAAUAAUAGAUAAAACUCAGUUGAAUCCAACAAGUCUGCAAAAGCUCUUCAGAGAAGUAAGAAUAAUGAAGAUUUUAAAUCAUCCAAACAUAGUGAAAUUGUUUGAAGUCAUUGAAACUGAAAAAACACUCUACUUAAUCAUGGAAUAUGCAAGUGGAGGUGAAGUAUUUGACUAUUUGGUUGCACAUGGAAGAAUGAAAGAAAAAGAAGCAAGAGCUAAAUUUAGACAGAUUGUGUCUGCAGUACAGUAUUGCCAUCAAAAACGAAUUGUUCACAGAGACCUCAAGGCUGAAAAUCUAUUGUUAGAUGCGGAUAUGAACAUUAAAAUAGCAGAUUUUGGCUUUAGCAAUGAGUUUACUGUUGGCAGUAAACUAGAUACGUUUUGUGGUAGUCCUCCAUAUGCCGCCCCAGAGCUCUUCCAAGGCAAAAAGUACGACGGACCAGAAGUCGAUGUGUGGAGUCUCGGCGUCAUUCUGUACACUCUAGUCAGUGGGUCACUUCCCUUUGAUGGGCAAAACUUAAAGGAACUGAGAGAGAGAGUAUUGAGAGGGAAAUACAGAAUCCCAUUCUACAUGUCCACAGACUGUGAAAACCUCCUCAAACGCUUCCUGGUGCUGAACCCAGUUAAACGUGGCACUUUGGAGCAAAUCAUGAAGGAUAGGUGGAUCAAUGCAGGGCAUGAGGAAGAUGAACUUAAGCCAUUCGUCGAACCAGAACUAGACAUCUCAGACCAGAAAAGAAUAGAUAUUAUGAUAGGAAUGGGAUAUUCGCAAGAAGAAAUUCAAGAAUCUCUUAGUAAAAUGAAAUAUGAUGAAAUCACAGCUACGUAUUUGUUGUUGGGGAGAAAAUCUUCAGAGCUGGAUGCUAGUGACUCCAGUUCUAGCAGCAACCUUUCACUUGCUAAGGUUCGGCCAAGCAGUGACCUCAGCAACAACACUGGACAGUCGCCUCACCACAAAGUGCAAAGAAGUGUUUCUUCAAGCCAGAAGCAGAGACGGUACAGUGACCAUGCUGGACCAGCCAUACCUUCAGUUGUGGCAUACCCCAAAAGGAGUCAGACCAGCACUGCAGAUAGUGACCUCAAAGAAGAUGGAAUUGCCUCCCGGAAAUCUAGUGGCAGUGCUGUGGGAGGAAAGGGAAUUGCUCCUGCCAGUCCCAUGCUUGGAAAUGCAAGUAAUCCCAAUAAGGCAGAUAUUCCUGAACGCAAAAAGAGCCCUGCUGUCCCUAGUGUAACUAGUCCUGCCUCAGUCUGUGCCACACCUUCCACCUGUCGGCUGAGACAUCAGAAGUCGAUGUCCAUGUCAGCCUCGGGGCACCCCAAGAUGAUGUUACCUCCAAUAGACAGUGAAGGAGAUAACUUCAAGGCUAUCGCUAUUCCUGAUCAGAGAACUCCAGUUGCCUCCACCCACAGUAUUAGCAGUGCAGCCACCCCAGAUCGCAUCCGCUUCCCAAGAGGCACCGCCAGUCGUAGCACUUUCCAUGGCCAGCCGAGGGAGCGGCGGACGGCAACAUACAACGGCCCCCCUGCCUCGCCCAGCCUCUCCCAUGAAGCCACACCACUGUCCCAGACUCGAAGCCGGGGCUCCACUAAUCUUUUUAGUAAAUUAACUUCAAAACUCACAAGGAGAAACAUGUCAUUCAGGUUUAUCAAAAGGCUUCCAACUGAAUAUGAGAGGAACGGGAGAUAUGAGGGCUCAAGGUGA